AAUUAUAACAGGUCUAGUAUAUGACUUCUUUUGUAUAAUCAACAUUUGCAAUAUCGACAAAGCCAAAUUUUGAAUUUUUAUAGCAUUAAAUUGAUUCUGACUCAGAGAAUGAAGAACAAAGAUAAAAAUUAUUAUUAAUGCAUGAUAAUCAGAAGGAAUAAAAAAAGUUUAAGAAAUUAAUUGAUAUCGAGAUGGUAAAGGAAGAAUUGAAAAACAGACCUAAUGUUGAAUAGAGAUUAAGUACUAUAUAAAAGAAAAAAAUUUCAAAGAUAAAAAGUGUUCGUACUCUAAGUGAUCUUAUAAUACCGACAUCUCCAGUUUUAAUAGAUCAAUUAGGAACUUUGAAGAAGAUAAAAGAGAUACGUUAAGAGAUGCCUCCUGAAUUAAUGGGGAGAAUUUAUUCAGAACUAAGGUAAUUUAAGAAAUGAUUAUAUUUAAGAUAUGAAUUUGUGCCAGCCUUAAAUCCAGUUUAUAGAUAGGGAGAUUAAAAUAAAAAAUUUUACAUUUUAUUAGAAGGUAAAGUGGUUGUUAUGAAACCAAAAUAGAAGAUGGUGGGAUCCAGUAAAAUAGAAUUUGAUGAUAAUUUGUAAUAAAAAGCUUUAGGAAAAAAUGAAGAUGAUCCAUUUGGAUUGAAAAUUCUUUUUCCAGAUUAUAUAAUACUAAAAAUCUUAUUUUAAGGAGAGUAUGUAUAUUUUAAUAAUUUUUUUAGUUCAUUUGGAGAAGCAGCCAUAAAAUUAGAUAGAGCUAGAUCCUCAACAGUUUUUACAUUAGAGGAUACUCAUUUUUUAUAUUUAAAUGAAAGUGCUUAUCUGGAAUAUUUAAAUCCAUAUUUAAGCAUAGCAUUAGAUAAAAAGUUAUAAUUUUUUGAAUAAACUCCAAUCUUUAAAAAUAUUGAUAGAGAAGAUUAUAUGGGCAUAGUUUUGGAAUGUAAACUAAUAACAAUGAAAGCAGGAGAAGUAAUAUAUGAUGAAGGGGAUAAAACUAAAUAUAUAUAUUUUAUUAUUAAUGGAGAAAUUGAAUUGCUGAAAUAAGUAAAAAAGAAAUCAGUAAUUUUAUCAUCAUAUGGAGAAUUUUAAAGCUUUGGUGAAGUUGAAAUUAUGAUGAAAAUAAAUAGAUAUACAAAAGCAAAAGUAAUUUCUCCAAGAGUUAAUUGCUAUAGAAUUAGAAAAAGAAUGUUUUUUGAUAAUUUAGGUAAUUAUGGAGCUUAUGAAAAUAUGAAAAAACAUUCAUCUGUAAUUUAUAAGCAUUGGUAAUUGAUAUGUCUUACAGUAUAAAAAUCAAUUAAUCCAAGAGAUGAGGUACAAUAAUACGCCUUAAUAUUUUAUAGGUUUAUGAAGCUGCCCAAGAUGAUAGUUAAAAUAGACCAAAUUUUUUGGCUAAAUCUAUUUUAAAUAAGAAACUCAUAGAAUCUUAAGGGUAGAUAUUAAGUCAAAUUAAAGUUUUUUAAAAUUUAACUGAUACCAAUCUUAAAGAACUAAAGAAUAUUAGUAGUGAGAAUUAAAAUCUACUUUAAAGAGUUUAUAGCAAUACACUCUAAAAAUAUUAAGCAAAGUUGUUAAAGAAACCUUAAUUAGCUGUUUGUGAUUCUGAUGCCUCAUGUAUAAGAAAUUAAAAUAAAUAACCUACAAACACUAGUAUUAAUUUUGAUAAUAAUUCUACAAUAAGUCCUUUAAAUGAAAAUAGUCUUGAUCUAAAAUUAAGCUCGAAUAGAUCAUCUGUCAUUAUCAGAAGAGAGAGUUAAUAAAAGAUUACUCUUCCAUCUCUGCAUCCUUCAUUACACAUAGUUGGACCUUAACCUUAAUCAUUAAAUACAGUUUUAGAAUCUAUUAGUAAAUUACCAAGAGUUCCAAAAGAUAAUUUAGUUUUAUCGUUAAUGUAUUAAUAAGCAUACAAAGCUGAAAAUCCUAUUAAAAAAGCUAAAGAAAUUUAAUAAGUUAUUUAAGCAUCAUAUAGAAAUGUAUAAAAUAGAUUCUAACCCAAACAACAUCAUUUAACAGAAAUCUAACCAUCAUCAAAUGAACAUAGAAUUAAGAAUUUAUAAAUUACUGGAUUAAUGAGUAUGAGAUAAUAAAAAAAGCAAUAUCUGAAUUUUGUACAUCCAAAAAAAAUUGUUGGAGGUAAUCAAAUUAUUUGAUGCUAG